AUGCGAAAUGCCGCCCUCGCGACGCCGUUCGAGCUCAGGCGUGCUUGCCGGUCAUCAACGCUUCCCGGACCUGGUGGCGUUCCGCGUUGCGACCGCUGGCCACCGUGGCGAGCGCGGCCUGGGCGCGCGCCCGCAGGCGCGCCGCGAGGGCCGGCUCCCGCAGCGACUCCGCGACACGCGCGAGCUCGACGGCGAGGUGCGCCACGAGCGCCGGCGGUGCCGGGUGCAUGGCCUCGGCCGCCGCCAGCGCGCCUUCCAGCUGCGUGCGGGCGUCGGCGUCGUGG